AUGAGUUCUCAAGGAAAUAUCCGAGUUGUUGGGUCUCUUCCAUUGAGGCGUGAGAUCAGAGAUCUCGAGGCCAACUUUCCCGAACAGUUCAGUCUGUUCAUUCUGGCUUUCAAAGCUCUCCAGGCCAAGGACAAGACUGACCCUACCUCUUACUAUCAAAUUGCCGGGAUCCAUGGCAUGCCGUACAAGGUCUGGAAUAAUGCCAGAGGACUUUCAAACUUCGACUUCGGAGGCUACUGCACGCACUCUUCAAUCCUCUUCCUCACUUGGCAUAGACCCUACCUGGCCCUCUUCGAGCAAGCACUCUAUGCCGCUGCUCAAGGCAUAGCAGCACGAUAUCCAGAGAACGUCCGCAGCCGCUACGUCGAGGCCGCAAAGCAACUUCGCCUCCCGUUCUUUGACUGGGCCGCCCGAGUCAGAGAGCCAGCUCCCUCUUUCCCCGAUUCCAUUGCAAAGUCGCGCAUUGCCAUUGUGGAUAUCGAUGGACGCCGAAAGACCAUCGAAAAUCCUCUCUACUCGUUCAACAUUGGCCAGGUCCAGCCUGACCGAGGUGACCUUACUGGCCGUUGGGCAACUCGCCUCCAAACACUCCGUCAUCCAGACUCAAGGAACAAUUCCCACAACGAAGUCAUCGAACAAGAACUAGACAACGAAUCCGCCUCCCUUCGGCAGGAACUUUCCCUUCUCCUCCUCUCCUUCACCGACUACGACGAUUUCUCCAACAGCACCUGGCGCCAAGGAAGCCGCGUCCGCGCCACCACCAGCCUCGAGAGCGUCCACGACGACAUCCACGGACGCACAGGCGGUAGUGGCGGCCACAUGGGUGCCCUCGACGUCUCUGCCAUGGAUCCCGUGUUCUGGCUGCAUCACAGCAACGUCGACAGGAUCUGGGCCAUGUGGCAGGACCUUAACCAGGAUGAAUUCAUGAGCCCUCGGCCUGCUCCGUUCUCGAAUUUCACCGUGAGGCGGGGCUCUACGGAGGACGCCCAGUCGCCGCUUACUCCGUUCUGGGAUGAGACCGGUACCAAAUUCUGGACUUCGGAUAGGGUCAAGAGCACGACGACGUUUGGCUACGCCUAUCCCGAGACGCAGCGCUGGCAGUACGCUAGCGUGGAGGCCUACCAACGGGCGCUGCGCCAGACUAUCGCGCGUCUGUACGGAAGUAACCCGUUCCUUAACUUUGCGCAGACGAUCGCUCCGAAGGAUGCCGCUGCGGAGAGACCUACUUUUGAGUCUCUUGCCGCUCUCCCGACCACCAUGCUGCCGGUGAGGUCCUUGGCGGCCGGUGUCAAGUUGGCCGCGGCACGGGAACCACCGCAGGAGCAGAAGGUGGUGGAAGAUGACACGAAGGAGAACCCAGCUGCUAACCCGGAGCCAAGCGGCGAGAGCUUGAAGCCUCCCGAGAAUCCGAUCCAAGAGGGUGAUCUUUCAGCGCCGAUCCCCGAUAGCAUGAAGCGUCUUUGUCCCGAAGGCCGUUACACCGACUGGGUCGUCAACGUCCGCACACUCAAACACGGCCUCGGCCAAACCUUCCGCGUCAUCGUCUUCCUCGGUGACUUCAGCCCCAGCCCAGCUGACUGGGCAGGUAACGCCGAGUACAACACGGUUGGCCGUGUCACGAUGCUUGGUCGGAACUCGGACACCCAGUGCGGCAAGUGUCAGGAGGACCAAGAGAACGAUCUCAUGAUUGCUGGGGCUGUACCUCUUACCUCUGCGCUGCUACAGGAUAUCGCCGCGGGCAAGCUGCAGAGCCUUGAGCCAAAGGAUGUGGUUCCGCAUUUGAAGAAGGAUCUCCACUGGAGAGUCAAGCUGUUUGAUGGGACUGAGUAUGCAGUUGAUCAGGUACCUAGACUCAAGGUGAGUGUUUGUUCGAUGCCGGUGACCCUAGGUGAAGAUGGUGUUCCGGUUUAUUCGGGCGUUUACACCAUUCAUAAGGAGGCCACGGCAGGCAAGGCUGCUGGUCUCGGUGAAGAUGAGGAAUGGUAA